GUGGUUGCCUAAUGGCAAACAGCCUACAGAGACCUAAACGCAAGCGAUGUUCAAAACCGUUGGACGAGCCAUUUCCGGUGCCCAUUCAAUCGCUGACUGGAAAGGAGGUAGAUUCUAGCAGAUGGUUUAGAUAUGAGGGAAAACUCGUCUCAAACUUUGUUUGCGUGACGAAACCGGGAGAUAUGAAUAUGUUGUAUAAGAUGGGAUUUUUUGGAAAGGGCAUGCUAUCGAAAAGCAAGCCUGGAAGGGACGAGCAACUGAGAAUUUUUCAGAAAAAAAGGAAGCGACUUCCUGAUGAUGUGAGAAGAUUAAUAUUGACUGACAUCCGCUCUAGGAAUUGCGUGAGAAGAAAACGGCGCAGGGAGUGGACGGAAAUGUCGGGUAUUACCAUGCCUCAAGAGGAAGAUGCAGUGCAAGUGGAUGCUAUCCCAUCAGACGCAUCUGUAAGUGAUGAAGAACAAAUUGGUAUGAGAACACCUGAAACAGUUCAUGAUGAUAUGUCAGGCAAUACUAGUUGUAAAAAGGAAGAUCAAACAUCUCACAUUUUUUCUGAAUUCCGUGAAUUACCUGAUACAAUAACAGGAACACGUGUUGAGGGCACAGAUGAUAAAGACAAGUCUAAUGUGAGUCUCAGCGUUAGCACACCUUUUAUGCAACUGCAAACUGGUAACUCUACUGGUAAAGGGGAGGAUGUACAAAUACAGAACACAGUCUCUUGCAGGACUGAAUUAGAAGUUGACACAACGUCUGCCAAAUCAAAUUGUGACAGUUCAUUCAAAAUGCAACGAGGGCAGAUGGAUGAAGUGACUAAACUUGAAUCGGUCAAACUUGAAUCGGUCAAACUAGAAUCUAAGCCAAAGGAAAAGUCAAGUGAAUACCCAGUGACAGAGUUUCUGCAGCUUAGUUUAUGUGAGGCAUUUUUCUUAUCGUAUGGAUUGGGUUGUCUCACUGUGCACAGAUCAGAUGGUUCACCAUUGACAAUCACUCAGCUAUGGCAGGCUUGUCUACAAGCCCAGCCUGGUUUUCUUGCAUUGUAUGUGGCAUAUCACCACUUGCGAAGUAAAGGAUGGGUUGUGAGAACUGGAGAAAAGUAUGGUGUAGAUUUUCUCAUCUAUAAAGAUGGUCCAAUGUUUCAUCACUCAAAUGCUGCCAUUUUGGUACAGACAGUGGACAAAGACACUCUACAGCCAGUCUAUGAUCCAGCCAUUCCUUCAAUUCCCUUUACGUGGCAGUAUCUGGCUGGAAUAAAUCGUAUCAAUGGAGCUGUAGGGAAGGACUUGAUUCUCUUUCAUGUUUUGAAACCGUCAGGAUUGACUGAUGACGAUUUGUCAUCACCUGUCUGCAUUAGACAAAUGUCAGUGCAGGAGAUUGUACUAAGAAGAUGGAUACCAGACAGAAGUCGGGAGGUGCACGAUCAUUCCAACAAUCAAGCUGAAACAUCGUUAGAAUGA